AUGGUUGUAAUAACGAACCCUCAGUUUAUAGCUACAGAGGAAUCAGAGUGUGGCCAUCUCAUCAAGUGUGUUUGGUCUUCUCCAUUUUUUGCAGAAGCUCUUGUGAGAGUAGAUAGAUACAGUAACACUAACCACCAUGCUUAUGCUUUUCCAUCUUGUAAUCCGUGGAGAAUGUGGCUUCUCGAGAAAUCUCCGUAUCACAAACAGUUUUUUCAGAACAGUUCACCUGAGAUCAAAAAGACACGAGAAAACCCUAAAGAGCAGUCACAGGUUGAAUUGGAGCUCACGUUAUUAGAAGCUCUUGAAAUCUAUCCUCCCGUUAAACUCCGCAUACAUCGUCACUUUGUUCUUUACGGUCUGAUGGAAUACCUCGGCAGAAGUUUUGACAGACAGUUCACAGCAGAUGAGGUUCUGCAGCUGUUGGAUCGUUUCUACAACAUAGAGAUGCUGAAAUCAGAUGAUGAGGACAUUGACAUUCUUAAUCAUGAAGAAGACUUCACCUUGCCGCAGAGUUUCUUUGAUAAGGAAGAACAAUGACAUCAGAAGAAGAAGGAGUAAUGGUCUUUGCUUCGUUCUCUCCCAUCUUUUUGUAUAUGGUUUGGUUAGGUUUGUCCCCAGCUCCUAUUCUACUGUAUAGUAUGCAGUAAUACUAAUAUAGAACCAUCAGAGGAUUACUGAUCUUUUCAUGAUGAUUAGUUCCAUGGUUGUGUUUGUUUGGUUGUUUGGGAGUUUCUAAUAAUACAGUUGAUUGUGAUGUAUAUUGUAAAAAGCAAAAACAUAAUAUAAAUGCAUAACAUA